AGCGCAUAACCGCUUUUGGAUGCACCUUCUCGAGUUCUCUGGAGUUUUUGCUAUUCUGCACCGCGGAAGAAAUAACCGAAUGUCAUGAGCACAGUGCGACCAGACAGUCAUGCACAACAAUUCGGUCGGAGGAGGUCCAAUACUGCUCAAUCAAUUCUUCGUAAUCUUCCUGGACCGCCAGCGCCACCUCUGAAACUCGGAGAUGUCAAAGUUCUCAAUUCAUGGGUACACGAUCAGAAGGAGUCAUGCACCGCCAUAUUGAAUCAAACAUGGUUGCCCGGUGUAGCAGAGGGAGACAUGCUGCAAGUCUCGGGUUGCAAUGCAGGGGAUACUACUGCUGGCUAUCUGUUCAUGGUUCCAAAGGACGAAGGCUGCCCGAAACCCGCAUUACAGAUCUCACUUCCAAAGAAUGUCGCAGACGCGUUUGGGAUAAAGAACAAUGGCGAGGUGACCGUAACGAAAGUGGACAAACAGCAGUAUUGCGCAGACUAUAUCGAAUUCACUUUCCAAGACCAAUAUCUUGGUCGGAAUGAAAUGUGGAGACUAGCCGAACACCUUGUAGGACAGUGUGUGUUUGUCGACCAAGAAAUAUCCUUCAUAAGCGUAAUCGCCGCCAAGAUACAAUCCAUCUAUGUGAAGGGUCGAAAAGUAUCUGCAGGAUACGUUACGGCCACCACGAAAGCCAUAUACAGGUCUCUCUCCGCGAAGGUGACAAUCUUCAUUCAAGUUUGCCGUGAAUUAUGGGAAUUUGCCGGAGAUGGGGAACGCUUCAAUGAGAAAAUCGUACACUCGUUUCUUCCUGCCCUAUUCGCCAAAUGGCGCGAGGCUGGCACGAAUCACACAGUCACUAUCGUGCUCAUCUCGAGGGUGUACUACGAUAUCUCCGAGUUAAAUUAUGCUGCAGGGCCUCUAAGAGUGGACGAAGAGGGUCGAUCGUACAAGGAUUUCUACAAAGUUAUUACUGACUUGGAGGUCAUCCACGACUGGAAACCCACACUUGUGGGACUCAAAGUAUCUUUCUGGACUUUUCAAAGGGAUAUUUUGCUCGCCCAUCACUACCACCAAGCCACUGUCGAAUCUACAGCACCAGAGCAAGCCAGGCUCAUUGGUCAGCUAUCAGAUGCGCACGAUGGUCCUAUUUUGGAGGCUCUUAACCUGGGUCUUAAUCCAAACGAAACGCACUACAUCGAUCGCUCACUGUCAAAUACUGGAGCAUCAACCAUCCUCAUCACCCCCGGUACAGGGUAUUACAAAGUGUCUAAGCAAUUGCUCCGAUUAACUACAACCCGUAUGCUUGACCAGGGCUUCGGCCUGGAUCUUGUAUCAUUAGCAAAACGCCCUUUACACCAGACUCCUAUAUUCGCUUUCAAGGGAUACGAGCCACGCUUGGACAAGGACGGGAAGAACGGCGGUCGAGCUCUAGAUCCGCUCUGGGGAGGUGACGAAGACCCAGAUGAGUCCAGGAGAUUGGAGAAGACUACCUUCUGGUGGGAACCAUUCUGGAUCGGCGUUUCUUUCUGGGAUAAGCAGAUGGAUCUACCUUUUCGCGAGGAUAGGUUCGUUGCCAGGGCAAAAAUGCACGAGAUACAAAUGCUCGGGCUGCUUGAGCACGACGUCCUUUCUGGCAUAGAGGUCCCAUACCUCCGAGAGAUACAUGACCCGAACGCCACGCCGCCACGAGACAGCUUCACGGAAGAUGAUCGUGCUCCCACACAAGCAGAUGCUGACCAAGCUGACAUGGAUGUUUUCUUCUUGAAGAAAGAGUCGCGGCCCGUCGUCAGCACGCGCACUUCAUAUGGCUCCUCUGCGGGUGCGACUAUCAUGGCUUCAUCCUAUCGUUCAUCAAUCAUGAAUGAGAGACGUGGGCUGGCAUCACAACGCAGUUCCAUCGCGUCCAUGCGCAUAGCACCGAUUGAAGAAAGCCCCAGAAAAAUUAUCAUGGAUCUGCCUCCUGAAGGCAAUGAAGAUGGGCUGCUGCCCUCAGUGACCGGACUCAGCACAUCUCCUUCGCAGUCCUCCAUGCGUUCAGUGAGAACCAACACAUCUGUGACAACCAAUUCCGGAAGCGACCCGCAAUCGCGCAACACGAGCUCUUCGCGUCUUGCCAAAAUCGCUUCUUCUUGGUUUUACAAUCCCUUCCAAAGAAGUUCGAAUGAAUCUCAGACACCUUCGACUCCUACUUCAUCAGUCACAGGUCCUACACCUCCCCCCACUCCAAGCAUGCGCGUCCCCAUUGCGUCAAAUUUCUCCGCUACACCUUCUGCCUCGCUUUCCCGCUCACCUCAGCCAAUGGCCAUAUUGCACGGCGCAUCUGGUCGAUCGGCUCUGAGCAGGACGUAUGAGGAAGAAAGCAUUCUUCCACAUCGAAGCUCCUUGAACCGGCAUUCUCCGAUGAAUACCCCUCCUCGUGAUGAAAACACCUUUGGAAAGAGGCGCAGCACGACGCUAAACUCACUAAACCUGCCCUUCUCGUCAUCGUCCCCGGUCCCGACUUAUCGCACCAAUCCGUCGCGACCACAACCUACAGUCUCGUACGCGCAGUCUUCACUCGCCAGACGCUGGCAGCAUGUAUUUCCUACGCCCAUGUACAAGCAUGAGGUGAAGUGGAAGUCUAUGGUCACCCCCUCGUGCCUUCCGCUCACGAUGGACCACUUCCCCAGCAAUUCAGAGCUGGAAUCGUCAUAUGAUGUAUUCUCGUAUGAUUUUGUUGUCGAUCCAACCGAGAUGCGUUCCUUCCUCGUGAAGCCGCCUUCUGUUCAAGGGAACACCGAGGAGGUGCGACGGGCAUGGGCACUCACUGUGAUGCGUGGAAUGGUCGCCGUUCGCCUUGCACAAGGAUUCCAGUUUGUUUUGCGACCGCGUAAAACCAGCGACGCUGAGGACCAGACGGCCAUGAGGAGGACGAAAUCUUUUAUGGGCGAGGAUGACGCUUCGCCAAAGCCGGCUGGGGCAGCGGAGGUGCUCAAGACUACCAAUCUGCCUGUUUACUUGAGCAUGAGCAAUGAGAUUCAUCGGAUAUCUUAUACUGGGGAGGCGAUCCAGGUGAGGCGGUAUGUGAGAAGGAUGCCGCCGACACAGCCCUUCGAGUACGAAUGUCUUAUCUGGCCCAAGCUCGGAGUGGGUUAUACGGAGUUGAAGACGAAGUUCGUCUCACAUGGGUUGGAAAAUUUCGGCUGGAAUAGAUUGGACAUGUUGGUUGCUGGCUAUGAGCACCAUUUUAACGAAUCCUUGCGAUACUGGCGGACUCGAUUCGUGGUGAUUCCAUCCGCCGUCCCUGAGGGUAACGUAGGCCCUUCUGGAGACAAGCUCAAUGACGAAGAAAUCCGACUUAUGGGAAUCGAUAAGCUUGCCGAAAUAUUCACAAAAUUGCGAUGGCAGGCUCCGGAUGAGCGUGGUUCGCCCGUCGCACCCGUGCGCUUCCUUCCUACGACGCUCGGCCCUGCCCACUCUGUCAUGGAUGAGUCACUGAUGGCACAGCUUGACGAAAUACAUGCCGCAGGACCGCUGAAGAAGAAAAUGCAGAGCACCAGGGAAAUUACAGAUACCCCUCUGUCGUUAAUUGCGAAACUCAUGCGUGAGGAGGAUGGCGUGCCGAUCAAGUUUCAUCAGUGGCACGGGGCGAAGUAUCCUGAUUCUUUCACCGGGUUUGACUUCAUUUCAUGGCUUGUCCGCGAGUUUCGGGAUAUAUCAUCAAGGGAACAAGGUGCCGAAUGCGGGGCAAGGCUCCUCGAACAAGGGCUGUUUUCUCAUUGCCGAGGACGCCAUGGCUUACUUGACGGGCACUAUUUUUAUCAGCUAAAUGGUGAAUACGCAACAGUCAGCACCCCGAGAGGAGGAUGGAUCAAGACAUCGCGUUACAUGAAUGGGGAUGAGGUCAGCAUCACUAGACCAGGGGGACAUUACCCGUCCAGUCUCAGUAGACCCGGUGGUCCUAGACGGAACAGGAAGUGCCUGAUCCUUAGCCAAACCAUGGUCAUCGACAUUGACCCUACCAAGAGGAGUGAUCAGGCUGAAUCCGUAGUUCUUCACUACGACAUCAUUCAAAAUCCCGGGACAGUCUUUCACUUUGAGCUGCAAUGGAUUGGAUCUACCGCGCGUUGCAUCGAAGACUCGCUCCGGCAAUGGAGUCGGGCGAUUGAGAGGUACGGCCUCAAAUUGGUCGAGGCCUAUGUCAUGGAAAUUGGCGACAUCCGAGAACGCAACGCGUUUCAGUCUUGCUUCCCUUUGCGCUUGGCAAUUCCACCACCCAUUGUUCCAGGUCUUGAGAAACGGGUACCUGAAGGAACGCACACGACGCAUUACUUCGAAUAUGCAAUUCUCAAACGCUUUGACUUCGUCCUCGAUGUGGAAGCUACAAACCUAUACCCAAAGGAUGUGGACGUCUCCUACUCUUAUCGCCGAGCACCAUUCAAACAUUCGCAAUUUGUGCAUCGGUCUGGGGUCGCGUUCGUGCAGGUCAUAGGUGGUUCGCAGGGACUCCUGUUCCUGACCAAUCGUCUGUUGGGUCCAGGUCGCAUGGGCAGUGCGAUGAAGAGUAAGGAGCAGAAACCUGAAGCUGCGGCGGAAGAGAUUCGGAUGAAGUUGCAGGAGUUCUGCUCUGAUGAAGCUGCAUUGGUACAGUUUUAUGAUGAGGAGCUGGCUGCUCUUGGGCCGGACGAUCCUCCACCACUCAGUAUAUGAUGUGUUUUUUUCGGUGCAUAGCAAUGGAGGCAGCGGCUUGUGAGCGAGCAUCCGCGAAAUACGUCUACCUGUUUACGAAACAUCACGAGCCUCCCAUAGAAUUGCUUGUUUCAUAGUCCUCAGUGUGCGCUUUGACGAGUCAGUAGUAGCAUUCAAUGGAGUCACACAUAGUCUGGUUUUCGGCGGGUCAUAUAACUGGAAUAACCAAGCUCGAUGCCAGGUAUAGAAUUGACAUCGAACCAAACUGUACACUCCAUAUUGCUACAAUAUAAUCAUCAUUGAGGAGGGC